CUCAGCAUUAGGAAAAACAGUACUUUUUCUGCAUACCUGUGUGGAUUUGAGACACCAGUAAGGAUGCAACCGUGCUGUGAAUCUGUAAAUGGCUCUUGCAUAAGGAGCAGCUGGUCAAACAGUACCCGUGUUUCCAUGUAUAUCUUCAUGGUUUGCAUUAUUCUAGCCACAGUGGUUGGAAAUUUGACAGUUAUCGUCUCAAUAUCACAUUUCAAGCAGCUCCAUACGCCUACUAAUUUCCUGAUACUUUCAAUGGCUACAGUAGACUUCCUGCUGGGAUUCUUCAUCAUGCCUUGCAGUAUGGUGCGCUCCGUUGAGAACUGCUGGUAUUUUGGGGAGCUCUUCUGCAAGAUCCACACGAGCAUGGACAUUAUGCUGAGCACAGCUUCUAUUUUCCACCUUUCCUUCAUAUCCAUUGACCGUUACUAUGCUGUGUGUGAUCCUUUAAGAUACAAAUCCAAGAUAAAUACUUUUGUUAUUGUGGUCAUGGUGUUCAUAAGUUGGACAGUCCCUGCUGCUUUUGCUUUUGGGAUGAUCUUUCUAGACCUGAACUUGAGAGGGGCAGAAAAGAUUUAUAAUCAUGUCCAUUGUGCAGGAGGAUGCCUUCUCAUUUUUGGUGAAACUUCAGGUAUUGUGGCCUCCGUAGUAUCUUUUUACAUCCCUGGAUUUGUUAUGCUGUACAUCUAUAGGAAAAUAUACUCUGUAGCCAAGAAGCAGGCAAGAUCCAUUGAUGCAAUUAGCAAAAAAAAGGUGCAAUUUGAAAUGAAGAAUCACAUUUCAUUCUGCAAAGAAGGGAAAGCUGCUAAGACAUUAGGCAUAAUAAUGGGAGUGUUUCUCAUCUGCUGGACUCCAUUCUUCUUCUUUACAGCUACCAAUCCAUUUAUGAAUUAUGUGAUACCUCCUAUUCUCAUUGAUGCUCUGGUUUGGUUUGGCUAUUUAAAUUCUACAUUUAACCCAAUUGUUUAUGCAUUUUUUUACAUGUGGUUUCGCAGGGCACUAAAAAUUAUUCUGUUUGGAAAAAUUUUUCAACAGGACUCUUCCAGGUCUCAUUUGUUUUUAGAUUAA